GCUUAGGAGGCGGCGGGGACGGGCGCGUGCAUGCGAACGCGGAGCGGACGCGCGCACCGUUGCGAACGCCGCCCCGCCCGCGCGUUGAUCGCUCCGAUCGCAUACACACGCACGCACACACGCGCGCGCGCGCCGCACGACGACGAGGGGAGGAUGGCCGCUCGCGGGAACGGCCGCGUUCGCUAGCUAAGCGAGCGCGACUACGCUCCGCUAUUCCGUUCUAGCGAAAUAGCCCUCGGUGCAGACUGAUCCGUUCUUCGCGAGCCCGGGAGCUGAGUAUCUCCACUGGCAUGGAGCUAGGAGCGCACUGAUAGCGAUAGUUUACGAGAUCUUGGUUUCUAUGCAUUGCCUGCCAAAGAAGAACUGAGCCCAAUGUUUCCACACAAUUCUAGUUCACAUGAGAUUUCUACAGAAACAAAUGCCUUCGUACAAAAUUCCGUGGGGUAUGUAGUAGUAUUAAAGGAAAGCAGUCUGGAUGGGGAGGGGGAAGGGGAAAGAUUAGAGCACACUUGGUACUGUGAUAUCAAAUCCAUAAACAGCAGCACGAUGGCAGCACUUAUUAGCCAUCCCGAAGCUACAGCCGCCAAUGACUUUUCAACCGUCCUGCCGAACCAAGCUGGUGAGUUGGACUCAACCGGCAUAGGUAAGGCCUGCCAGUCAGUGGCGCCAGCAACCACAAAAUACCCAACAAAUCACCUUUUAAUCUGCGAUAAUAAUAAUAAAAUAAAUAAUCACAACAAUGCAGAACAUAAUCAUCACAAGUACAGAAAGCAAAACACACCGGGCUUGCUUGGUCAGCUGGGCAGCUCCGCCAAUAACUCUAAGUCUACUUGUAAGACGUUAAGUGAUAAUAAGACUAGCUUUAGACAUCUAAACUUUAGGGUACUAAGGUAUUUAUUAAGUGAAUAUCGGCGCGCUGUAAGGGACAAAGAGUGUCGCAUCGUUGGGGUACCUAGCCUAGUUAGGAUACCCAAGUCUGAUAGUCCCCAACGGUUGUUACGCCUCCCUAACUCUGUCGACAAUUACUCCUUACUAGGGUCCUGCCUUGACCUGGGCGACAACAAUAAAUAUAAGGCUAAUUAUAGUUACGUAAAUAAUAACAACUCCAAGUCUGUGAUAUUGCUCAGCUCAACCAGUUACAGUAACCAUUACCUCCUCUUUAGUGGUGGCUUUGACAAGAUAGCUGCUGUUAUCCCGGUACUUUGUAUUAAAAGGGACGAUUCCACCACAUCGAAUAGAAUGAAACUACUAGGUGAUAAGUACGCCCUAGUUACCAGUUUUGCUCAGACCUCCAGACUGCUUGCAAACGAUAGAAUUCUGGAUGAUAACUCUGACAUCCGAGUUUCUCUGAGCCGCCGAAUAGUACGACACCUUCUGGAAUCGCAUUUCGAUGGCAACACUCUAGUUUCGGUGUCCGUCUAUGCUCAGAAUUUCGCGAUGUACGCCGCCAGUUCUUCCAUUACGCUUAUCGUUUCCAUAAACGAAGUAAUUGACCACACUUUGCGAUCUUUCCUGAAAAGUCUCACGCUACUGUAUGUACAAUCUUGUAUUUCUCCAUUAUGUAAUGUCACUGUGACCGAGCUGAUGCAACACAUAUGUGUUCCACUAUUAAUAAUAUGUAAAAGUAAUGAUUACAACGUUGGUAAUAAUAAUGAAUACUAUAAUAACGAGAACAUUAACGUUGGUAGUAUUGAAGAAGAAAUUAAUAUUAGUAAUAAUAACCAAGAUGUUAUCGGAGACAUUGUUGACAUCGCUGUGUGCUACAAGACUAGUGUAAUGACUACUAAUGUUAGAAUCUUAGGGUCUCAAAAUGAUGGUAUUAGUUGUACCGAAGCAACAAUAUUUACUGUUGGUGCUCUUUUAUUUCAGGAUAACAAUAAGUCUAAUAAGCUUCUAAACACUUGUUUUAAGAUUAGUAGGUAUAGGGGACCGGCUAAUGCCGGCCGCGAAUCUAACUCUACCAUUAAGUCUGUAUCUAAGUCUACGCUAAGCGAUAAGUGUAACGUUAAGUUUGAAACAUCUCAUACCGCUCGACUUGACGAAUCUGACAACAGAAGACAAGUUAAGUUGACUGUCAACAUUCCUAUAAUGACUACCUGCAAGCCUACGAUGACGCUUACAUGCCAAUCAGCCACCGUCGCAUCCCAAACAAUUGUUGUACCUGUAUCUCGGGCGGAGAGUCGCACGAACGACAAGGAAAUGCGAUUGGAAUAUUUCAAUAUACUCCAAAAUGACCAAAUAUGUAUCCAGUAUAUGUUGCUAAGUCACACUGAUGAUCUUAAGGAUGACUUAUGUCAUUAUGACGCUAAAUUUAAAGACGUGCAAAAUUAUGCUAUCGACAAGCUCAAGGCAACAUCGAAAGAUGACUCAGCUCAGUUGAUCUGCGAAUACGACCAAGAAGCUCUUAGACACGACCGAGGUCGUAAGAACGACGACGACGAUGAUAACGCGAGCAACAGCAACGAAGAUCCCAUUGCACCAUUGUCUGCGUUGCAAUGGCCAUCCCUUAUUACGCGUAUGCGCACAUUAGUUUCGGCUUGUCGGACAACGUACGAGAAUAACGGGAUCAAAUGUGAGGUUCAACGGCGCCAACUGAAAUCCACCUUGGACGUCCUGCUUCGCAAGUUGUCUUACUACCACCGGAACGUCUACGAGCCUAUUGCGAGUUACAAACAACGUUGGGGUAUACCGCUGAUAUUGCGCUUGGCGGGAGGUGGAGAGAGCUCUUUGAAUACCGGAGGAGCUGCUAACUGGGGAUCGACGCAAGCCACCACGCCAAAUAACAACAAUACGAGCCAGAGUGGAUGGGGUAGCACACCGGGAAAUCCAUCUGGUAGCACUAACGCGCCGAACAAUUGGGGCGGCAACGCCGUUAAUCGAUCCGUCACGGGAAAUCCGAAUCAAAAUCAAAAUCAAGGGCCGCCCGGUAGCCAAAAUACUCCGGGAAAUGUGGGUAAAGUGAACAAUCCCAAUCAGCAGUCCAAUCAACAAUCUGGUCCGCCAACGUCUCAAUCAAAUAACCCUACCCAAGGAAAUCAGAAUAACAACCAAUGGCCUCAGGGAAAGUCUAAUCCAGGUGGUCUCGGGCAAAAUCCGUCGGUGCAGAACAACAACAGCAGCGGUGUUCAGCAGCAGCAAUCCUCGGGUUCAAGUGCAAGUAAUAAUCAGUCGAACAAUCCUACCCAGGGGGCUGUGAGUAUCGGGAGCACUUCGGCGAGCAACAAUCCGUCUACGAAGCAACAACUCGAACAACUCAAUACAAUGAGGGAAGCGCUCUUCAGUCAAGACGGCUGGGGCUGUCAACACGUGAACCAAGAUACAAAUUGGGAUGUACCGACGUCCCCUGAGCCGUCUAUGACGAAGGAUGGUGUACCCAUCUGGAAGCCACCGGUGAACAACGGCACCGAUCUGUGGGAGGCUAAUCUGCGCAAUGGGGGACAGCCGCCGCCUCAACAGCAGGCGAAAACCCCGUGGGGUCACACACCCGCGACGAACAUUGGCGGCACUUGGGGCGAGGACGACGAGACCGCGGAUUCCUCCAACAUGUGGACAGGUGCACCGACGCCAUCGCAGCCGAACGCGGCACAGUGGACCGGCGCAGCUGGUAACCAAGCUGGGUCCAAUUGGGGCGAUCCCAGAAUAGACCAUAGGGAUCCACGAGACCUGCGAUCCGUAGAUCCGAGAGAAAUGCGUGAUCCGCGGGAUCACCGUAUGUCCUUGGAUCCCCGAGAUCACAUGCGCGUUAUGGAUCCCAUGGCGCGCGAUCCGCGAAUGACCGACAUGCGUGGCGACCCGCGUGGGAUAUCGGGACGAUUGCACGGCGCGAAUGCGGACGCGAUGUGGAAUCAGCCGCCGGGACCGCCGCAUCAUCAGAUGGGACACCAACACCCGUCCGGACCGCCGACCAAGAUGCUCAAUCCUUCGAAUAUGAAUCAGUGGGCCGCUCCUCCCCCGAAGGAUAUCAUGCCUGGCAAACCCUCGGGCUGGGAGGAACCGUCACCACCGACACAACGAAGGAACGUACCCAAUUACGAUGACGGUACUAGCCUUUGGGGGAAUCCAGCUGCUAAUCAACGUGCCUUGCAGACUAGUAAGGUAUCGCACUGGAAGGAUCUGCCCGCACCUAACUUGGCUCGUGCUGGUAUGCAAUGUCCUCCGGGAAUGCCUCAGAACCGAAUGCCAGGGCAGCCUGGAAUGAAGCCAGACGUGGGUGGGCCCAUGUGGGGUCAUCCCGGUGCCCCCAGUGGACGCAACGGGACUUGGACCGACGCUCCGCACGACACUGCUUCUUGGGACGAUCCUAAGACUCCGGCGACAUGGAACGAGCCUCAGCUGAAUCCGGCAGCCUGGGGCGCCCCUACUGCGCACAAACCGAAGCCUAUGGGACCCACUGGUAGCUGGGCCGACCCCGAAAUGGACCCGACCCCGAGCUGGGCGCAUACCGCGAAACCCACGUUGACGAAGGAGGUCAUCUGGAGUAGCCGCGAGUUCCGCUAUCUUUGUGACUUAGGUUUCAAGAAAGAGGACGUGGAACUGGCGUUAAGAAACCGAGAGAUGAACCGGGAGGAGGCACUGGAACUUCUCAAUCAGAUACGUCCUCUUGAUCAAUGGAGACGUCACGACACGCACUCGGGUUACGAUCCGACGCACCAGGCAACUACUGCGCCUGCUUACCCGCGAUUCAAUCACGUGGCACAACAGAUGUCAUUCCCUCCGGGCGGAGGAGUGCCCAGCGGGGCAACCAGUGGGGGUGUGGGUGGUUCUGUCACCAGUGCUAGUAUUCUGAAACUUCAGCAACAGCAACAGCAGCAGACAGCUGUUCCGCUACAGCAACAACAACCAAGUACCAAUGCGCCACAACCCCCUUUCAACCAGGCAUCUCGCGCGUCACAGAAUCAGCCGAGCACGCAACAAUUGCGUAUGCUCGUGCAACAGAUCCAAUUGGCUGUUCACGAGGGAUACCUGAACCAUCAGAUCCUGAAUCAACCACUGGCGCCCCAAACUCUGAUGCUACUCAAUCAGCUACUGCAGCAGAUCAAGGUCUUGCAACAAUUGCACCAACAACACUCUGUGCAGAGCACAAUGAAGGGCAACAAUCAGUCGGUCCUGCAGAUCAGCGUACAGAUCACGAAGACCAAGCAGCAGAUUACAAAUUUGCAGAAUCAGAUCGCGGUGCAGCAGGCAACGUACAUGAAGCAGCAACAGCAACAUCCGGCGCCGCCAUCUCAGGCGUCGGAAUAUUACAAAUCGACCGUGCACGAUCCUAUGUCAGCACUGCAGAACAGUUUCAGCGACUUGACAAUGAACAAGGAGGCACCAGUGAGUCAACAGCAGUCUAGAUUAAACCAGUGGAAAUUGCCCUCGCUCGACAAGGAUGGCGAUUUAGUGUCAAACGAAUUCUCCCGCGCCCCCGGAACUACGAGCAAACCGCCCACGACACCCGGUGGCUUGACCCAGUCGCACAGCAGUCCGAAUAUGAAUCCUCUGCUAGGCCAGGGUGAUGGCACAUGGUCUUCGCGACUCGGCGACAGUGGUUGGCCCGAUCCGAGUAAUAGCGACUCGACCGACGGGAAGGACUGGCAACCUGGUGGUGCCGCCUUCACAGACCUUGUGCCAGAGUUCGAACCUGGGAAGCCAUGGAAGGGUACCCAGAUGAAAAGCAUCGAGGAUGAUCCAAGCAUCACUCCCGGUUCUGUCGUACGUUCUCCGUUAUCUUUGGCCACCAUCAAGGAUCCGGACGCGAUCUUUUCGUCGAGCAGCAAGACAUCACCGCCGCCGCAAACGACCAAUCCAGACACAUCGAUCCCGAGUUUAAGCAACUCUACGUGGACAUUCAACCCACCGGCCACUACACCCAGUGCAUUUACCAGCUCCAAGAAUACGUGGGGAGAGUCCGCCCCUCCACCUACUGCUGUGACUUCGGAGCUUUGGGGUGCACCGAUGAGCAAACCACGCGGUCCGCCCCCUGGCUUAGGUAGCAAAGGCGCCACGAACACGAGCAAUGGGUGGGCCGGCUUAGGCAGCGUUAGCAGAUCCUCCAGCUCUUGGGGCCUGCAAUCUUCCACGGUCAGCAACUCGGGCUGGAUGUCCACUUGGCUAUUACUGAAGAAUCUGACACCGCAAAUCGACGGCUCUACUUUGAAGACGUUGUGCGCGCAACACGGACCGGUUCAAGACUUCCGUCUGUACCAGAAUCACGGAAUCGCAUUGACGAAAUAUUCCACUCGCGACGAAGCAAUCAAGGCACAAGGCGCCCUAAACAAUUGCGUCCUGGGUAACACAACGAUAUUCGCCGAGUCGCCAGCAGAGAGCGAAGUGCACACCAUUCUGCAGCAACUCGGCCACGGCGGACAGCAGCAGGCCGGCGGUUCUGGCGGUGCUGGAUGGGGCCUUAGACCAACUAACAAAGCCGGCCCACCACCCGACACAUGGGGUGGUAGCUCCAGUCAGCUCUGGGGUGUCCCGCCCACCAGCAAUUCCUUGUGGAGUAACGCGGGAAUAGACAACAGCGACCAGCAACGAGCAACUCCCAGUUCUCUCAACUCGUAUUUACCCGGAGAUCUUCUGGGAGGUCGCGCGUAGUCAGCAAACUCGGCGGGUUUUUCGGGCCCCGUUCGGAAACGCGUCGUUUGAUCAUUGUGAUGUAAACAAGUGCGAUUUUAAUACUUCGAGAAGAUCAUGGCCGAGGUAUGAAAUACGAGGAUGGGAGGGAGAGUGGGUGGAUGAGGAGAAAUCGCUCGCGCGCCGGUGACUAUCGAUAAUUGCGCGACUCGGGGAAGCGUCUUCGUCUCGAGUUUGCGCGAGCGAUGCUGCGAAGCUCGCGGCACCGCCAUUUCCGAAUCGUGUGGAAAUUAUCCGCGGAAACUUCCUAAUUGAUACCAGCUCGGAUUCGUGCUUCUAGGUAGUAAUACAUCGUACAUCGACGCAAGCGUGGCUCGUACGUGCCCGCUUUCGAGGUCUAUAACUCGGUCGUUAACUUUAGUUUCGAGCGUUCUCGGCCGGAUAUUACUGUCGUAUCCCUGUAUCGCAUUUUGGCACAAUCAAGUCAUUAAUUUAGUACCGUGUAUGUAAUUGUUUGACAGUCUACAUGCAUAUGCAUAUAUGUGUGAUUAUAUAUAUAUAUGUAUGUAUAUAUGUACAAUGUGCACCACCGUCGGGACAUUUUAGGAAAGCGACCGCAAUAUCGAAGUUUCAUUUUGUCAAAUGCGACGUUCACAACAACUAUAAAUAAAUAUUAUAUAUUUCUAUAUUUCUAUAUUUGUAUUUUAUAUCGAUAUAUGUUAGAGAUUAUAUUUAACGAAAUUAUGUAAUAUAUAUUACAUUAUUUAUAUACCUAGGGGCUACGAAGCUCGGAAGCUUCUCGCGUUCCUCCUAAAUAUUCCGGAUGUGGUGCACAGGGCGUUUACGCAUCUCGAUUUUUGACGUCGCGCGGGAUUCGUCUUGCUCUCGAAUGAUGAGAGGAACGGAAUAGAGAGGCGGAAUAAAAGUGACGAGGGGAGUGAACGAGUCCGCGUCUCGUCUUCGGGAAUUUCGUCGGGAAUCACCGAAGGACUCAAGACGGACCAAACCGACGCGCGCGUUACCGGACAAUUUUUCAUUUUCCAUCCCGUCACGGAGAGAUUUUCUCGCACUCUCUCUCACCGAAAGUCGCCGAGCGUCGUCAGCAAUACCGUUAGUACAACCCCCGGAAACAAUCGAUAACAGGUGUGUGUCCGAUCUCGGUAGAGUGCGUGGAAUUCUCUUCGCGAAUCUUCGGAAAGGAGGAAAGUCAUCCUGAGUGAAAAUCAGUCAGCCCGCUUCUCGUUGCGGAUCGAUUUCUCGAUUGCUGGACAACAGUAUUACAUGACUGGAACACACACACACACACACACAUGCACGCACGCAUCAAGCGCGAUUCACGCAUGAGAUUAACUCGUAACUAUCGAUAUCGUAACUAACAGUCACACUCUCGGGGUAUUAAAUCUAUAUAUGUUUAUCGUCUAGUCUUACGUUGUGCUUCUCGUGCUUACUUAUCAUUACUUCUAUUCGGAGCAGAGCUUCUUUCAUUAUUGUUGGGUAUUAUUUUUAAUACGAAUUCCUCUAUAUGUGAAUCUAUUCGACUUAUUUUUAACCGACAUGUCGCGUUGAAGUACUUAUUAGGGAGAAAAGAAAAGGAAAGCAUCGCCUGGAGAGAUGAAGGCGGAAGAAACGAGACGAGAACGGAGGAUUCUCGAUGAAUGAUAGUCGAUUGGACCUCGCGAAAUAAGUUACUCUAAUUAGAUAGCGAUUAUAGAUCACGGCCCGCGGGGGCCGGUGAAGCGGAUGAGCGUCACGUGCGCGCGAACAGCUGGAAUAAUAUAUCCGGAAGUCGAGUGCUCGUCCGGGUGUUAGUAUUCGUUCGAAGCGGUGUCGCGUGUCCCGAGGGCAGCGCUUACCUGAAAUUCUGUCUGAUAGCGAUUACAAAGUACCGAUAGUCAUUUUCGGCUGCGAGCCUGCGAGAUGAAGUCGUUGAAGCCCGCUUUUACGGACGAUCGAUCAUUUGCGAUACUGCGCUAUUCGGCGGUACAAUUCUGAUUAUAUUUUUCGCGCGCACUCUGAUAUUACACGUUUAUUAAUAUUACGUAUGCGCGCGCGCGCGUGUGUGAUAUAUAAGGAUCGUAUUAUAUUUAUAUCGUUGUAUAAUUUUAUGGGUAUGUAAAAAAGGGGGGGGAGACAAAUUUACACAUUUACAUCUCUAUGAGAUGUUUCUGUGAGAAGUAAGAAAAUUUCAUUCCGAAUUCUUUCGUCGCAAAUCGCGGAUCCUCCGACAGGCGGGCUGAAGAACGAAGAGAAUACAAGAAGAGGAAAGCAACAUGCGCCUGAUGAUAAUUGUAACGUGCUCAUUUUAAUAUUAAGCCAUUAUAACUGGUGUACAGUCGCUGGUGAUUUUAAAUUGUAAUUUCAUUUCGUAAAGCCUUUUAUAUAUCGAUCUAUCGAUCGAGAGUUUAAUGUUGUAGCAACUUUGACGACUAUUGUUUGAAAAAGAAGAUGUCGCAUAUUUAUCGCCGUUAGUUUUUAACCGAGGCAAAUACAUGUACUAAGUUAUACAUCCCGUUAUUGUGUAAUAUUUUACAAUGUUUAAUUCAAUCUCUUGUGUUUGUUUUUUUUUUCAUUCACUCUCUCUCCGACCGGUAAUAAGUCUACCGAGAUAUUAUUAGGCUAAAGUAGCACCUAUCACAUAUCGGUUCGUCCGGAAUCCGCAAAUGACACCGACUCGAUCCACGAUCGGGUGCGGACGGUUCACCGGGACGAUUCAGCCUUGCGUAGAUGUGUCUAUUUAGUAUUUGUAAACGAUAAUCUCAUACAUACAAACACACACACACGUACACACACGAGAGGAUCAAUUGUUCGCGCACAAAACGAACUCUUAUUGCGAGAGAUCUUAGUGUGGCAUUAUUGUAAUUAGGGUUGUACAUGAGCAUUAUAGACUGAAUAAUAUCUUGCGGACGCAUAGUUAUGUAUUAAAGAGAAAGAAAGAAAAACACGUAAAAAAAAAAAGAAAAAAAAAGUAACGUUGUAGAUGCAAUCCCGUGUACACACGCCGGUCAGCAACGUGAGAGACGAAGAGACGAUGCGGCGGAGGGAAAAAAAAAGGAAAGAAAGAAAAAAACCCUCUUAUAUAUAUAUCAGCAUCCGGACACGACCGCGACAUAACGAACCGCUCGACGGCGACUGGUUCUAGCUGGAGUGCUGUAACGGGUCUAAAUUGCGAGACGAAAGAGGAGGGGAAGAGAAACUGCAAUAAAUGAUUUCCAGAAGUUCGAGUUUCCACCGAACCCGCCGUUCGUGACUUUUUUUUAUUUCAUCGUCGUCUCACGGAAACGCGCUCCUAGGACCGACGAAGCGUUCGGCUCGCUUGUGCGACUCUCUCUCUCUCUUUCACGGACACUGUUCAGGGACAUGAAGGAGACGAGGAAUCCGAGUGAAAAACCGCGCGUAAUCGGCGGCCCCGGGAGUGUUGGAGAAGAGAGAGAAGCCCGUCACUCUCUCGAUCUCUCGGUGUAUCGGCGACGGCGGAGGGGGAGUCGCGGAAGCGACGCAUCCAUUCGGUCUGUGGAGACGGCGAUCGGCCGACGCCUUCCGGUACAUCCCGGGAUUGCGAUUCCUCCGACCUCGAGCGACGAGGACGCCUGAGAUAUUAUUCCAGAUGCUUCGCGCGCGCAGCACGAGCUCGCUCUCGAGAGGCCGGGCGCUAGUGGAAAGUAAAUCAAUGGCAAUAAAGGGUAAAACGAAAAGGCUUAAUUAAAUUCGUUAUAGGUGUUUUAUAAUCUAAGCGCGCGCACGUCCGGUUGCUUCUUUCUCUCAUCCCGACUGUUCCGACUCUAAUCUCGCGUCUUCGUCGAGGAACGAAAAGUUCGUGGGAGACUGCGUGACCCCCCCGUGAUUCUGAUCGAUUUCCUUUUCUUUCUCUCUGUCUUCUCUUUUUCUCUUUCUCCCUUUUUCUCCUUCUCAAACGCGUGUACAUAAUUAUAGAGUGAUAAUUGUAUCGAGAGAGAGCGCGCGCGUGUGCGAUCGAUACGAAGUAUCAAUUUAGAAGGAAGAAAAGAGGAGGCCGGAAUUUCGCGCAUCGAGAGUAUCACGUGAUAUAUCCUCGCGUUAUUUCCGGGCGAUAUCAAAAUCUGACUGUCCCAGUCGCCGAGACGAAGGAAAAGAGCGGGAGAGAGAGAGAGGAAGAGAUCGAACCUGAUGAUAGUCAGGAGAAACGAAACAUAAAUAAUAGAGGAAGAGAAAGAUCGGUAUUCGCGCCGUACCGUACGCACGUAUAUACGCACACAUCGCACGCGCGCCCAUUGUCGUAUGUAAAGCUCGAUAUAUAAGGACUUUGUAACUCUUAAGGUGACGUUGUGGAGGUAAAAGGAAAAAAGAACAUGCCCAUGUAUACAUGCAGACACAUAUACACACAGACACUCGCCCAGCUAUCUACCAGCAUACACACAUAUAUAUAUAUACACACACACACACGACACAUCUGCAAUGUGAUAUUCUCGUGUCUUGUCCGAUGACAGACGUUCAUUCUAACGAGUAUAGUUGGCGUUUGUCCUUUUUUUCGCGUAGCUCUUAAGGCAUACAUUUAAGGGAAAACUACAUACGUAAGAGAUAAUCCGAGAGAGUGCACGUGUGAAGGUGCUUGCGCUAAGGAGCAAGCGAAAAAAAAACUGAAAAAGAAAAAGAGAAAACUAAAAAAAAAAGAAAGAUAACAGGAGAAAACGACCAAAAAUGUGCGAAACCGAGAAACGUGUGCAAGAAAGAGAGAUGGAGAUUUACUAUAUUUAAUUAUAUAAUUAUACGGUAUCUCUCUAAUAUAUCACACACACGAGAAUCCGUUGUGUGUCGGUUUCAAUUCAAGGCAUACCGUGUGGGUGUGAGAAACCUAAGAGUAUCGACGGAGAGUAAGAGCAGACCCGGGGGGUCGGAAACGACCCGGGCCUGUCGCCGAGAGGGAGAUUUCGCGUUUAGGCUGUAGAUUCUUCGGGGUUGAACCAUCGCUGUGUGGAUCCAAGGGUGUGAGUUCUCUACGGAACCCCCUUAUCCGUUCGUUCUUCCCGCAACCCCCUCGCCCCUCUGCGCCCUCCCCCUCCCCCAAGACAGUAUCUCACCCCUCUUUCCGCCCGUUCCGCCUUCUCGUUCGUCGGGCGAAAAUACUGCGUUCUCGCGUGGAAGAGGUUGUGAACGCUCUCGCGAGCUUCUGCUUCACUCAAUCUCAACCCCCGGGGAUGAAUUACGCGGAUUAGUUGUAAAACGCGCUUUUUCAUAGUCGGAUCUAUUCUAGUUAACAUAUCUGUGACCCCGUAAUUUUUAGACUAUCGACGACGGUUCUCUGUAUGCAUGCGUGUGUAUGUGUGUGUGUUUGUUCGUUCGUUGUGUAGCACAAGGAUUUAACAGGAUAAAAUACUAUUUCCUCGUACCGAGAUAUUUUUAAUGCGUUAGUCGCCGGAUAUUUCCGUUAUCGUUACGAUGGGACUAUCGUUGGUCGCGAUACAGUCGCGGGAGACUUCGUUUGCCUUCUCGUCGAAAAGAAAGAGAGAGAGAGAUCACCGUUUCUACGUUGAUCUUCGGUGUGAGAAAUAGUAUUUUAUUCGGACACGACGAGUGGAUGGGGUUAAUCUUAGAUUUCUUUCCAUCGCGCGUUCAAUUAGCGUCGCACUUCUCACACGACGCUACUGAUUUCGUUGUUACGCCACGCGUUGUCUAAUCUCCAAGUACGAUUCGGUUCAUGCGUUUCUAAUUAGAGUCAACCGCACUCUGCUGUGUUUCGAUGUACCUGAAACCGGUGGUAAGGGUUCUGUGCGUUGAACCGUGUACUAUACUGGAAUACUAAGUGCCAUUGAAAGAAACGGGCGAAACAGAGAGGAGUACUAACUGUGUCCUUUUCUAAAAUAUCGCAUUAUUUCAAUUGAAAAUAUCAGCUCCAAGUAUCACAUUGGUAAUCUCCGUAAUUGGUAAAAUUGUAAUAUUAUAGGAAAAGUGCACGGGAUAAACAAAAGAUGUUCAAAUUCUGCCAUAAAAAAUGGUAAAAACAACGAACGUUACAACCGGCCGUAGUUGUGCAAGAAGAGCCCAACCCGCAAAAUGAUCAUCAACUUAAUUAUUAUUUUUUUAUAUUUUGUUAUUAAAAAAGUACUCUAUACGUCUUUCUGCAUAAAACAAAGAAGAUUCAAGUUUUACGGGCGUCUAGAAUUAAUUAGAAAAUAAUUUUUACUUUCUGCUAGUUAUGCCAUUUUUCACUGGUUGCGUUUGUUUUUUACCUAUUUUUUUAAGGAUUAAGCUUGCCGACGAAUACAACGUGUUUAAACAGAAGAAAAUGGAUGAUUGCACGUUUGACUUUUUGAACCGUUGCGGAGAAUCUCAGUGCUAUUUAUACUUUUUAAAUCAUACGUUAAGUUUUCAUCUUCAUUCCUCCCGAAACGUAUUUCAUGUGGAUUGGAUCUUUCUUACUCAACUGUGACCAAUUAAAUUAAUACAUUCGGAUGCCGUGGAAAGGAUCACAGGAAAUUGUUGACCAAUCAGAGGUCACUAGAGAAGGAGAAGGAAUAUAAAUAGUACUUAUGCUGCCCCCCUCCCUCUUCUUUCCCCGGUUUGUAACACAGCGCCUAACGUUCCAGUAUAGUAUAAAGUUCAAUGGUUCCACGAAGCAUCAUCUCGUAAUUUUCGCGCGUGCAACGCAUGCGGGCUGCAUCCCCUGCGGGCGCGCACAGCAUCCGUCAGCCGAUAGCGACUCGACGUUCCCCCGGGGAUAUCUCGGGGGUUGAUUCUCGCAAAAUCUCUCGUCCGAUAUCGAAACACCACCGUUAUGAUGGGGAUCGGUCGGUCGGUCGAUGGGGACGUCGAGUCCGAUCGUAUCGCUGAUGCUUCGUUUCCUCCCCAUUGCAGACCGAGAGAGAGCACCCUUUGCCCGUCCUUAACACGGUAAAAAUCUCGUGUUAACAACGGUCGAAAUUUUGAUGUCGCUCUAACAAGGUGAAUAGGUUGAAGAGUAAUGCGUUAACAAGGUAAACAUGUUAAUUUGUAUACUUUUGUCGCAUAUAUUUGCAUACGUAUUUUCCGUGUUGAAGUGACGCAAACAUUUCAGCGGGCCGUUUUUAACGGAAAAUUUCUCACCGUGUAACUCAUUUCGUUCGCGCCGACCGCGGGGAUGCCGACACGUGUGUGUCUCUCCAGCCUAAUUUCCCGAAAAUGAGGAGAACCCGGGGGGGUGGCAUUGUCAAGCCCCCCGGGGCGCGGGAGUAGUCCGCGAAAUGAAGCGUGUUACAUGCCAUCGUUAGUCCGUAAGCGCGUUCAUACUUAUUUUUCUAUCGUCAAUCGUAUCAUCGUUCUGUCGUAGCUCGUAACGCUUUAUUACUCGUAGUCGUCGUAUAGUUUUGCCAUUCGUGUCUGCCGAGCCUGCCUUGAUUCCUCGGCCCGUUACUGAUAGUUGUUACUUGAAACUUGUUUCAGACCAGAUACUCAGACUCGAAUUCAGAGUUGGAUGUGAGUUUUUUCAACUUGAAUAGCGUUCACAGAUGUAACGUCAAAUAUAUUAUGCGAUCCAACUGAACAGUUCGGAUCUAACUCGGAAUGAAAAUCUGAAACGUUCGGUUUUAACUCUGAACAAAGGUCUGUAAAGUUCCGAUCCAACUUCGAAUGAAAAUCGUAUUCUGAGUAUCUCGCAUGAUGACGAGUUUCAAAUGACAGCCAUCGAUACGGAUCCCCGACUUUAUCGAUACGCUACGUUUCGCCGUUUUCACGACGCCUUAUUCUCGAUCGAUCGAUCGCUUGAUUUCCUCUGUCGCAGUCCUGUUCCUCGCGCUACGUUCCUCGGCGUCUUCGCGAGGAAAUCACCGCCGUUCCUCAAAGGCUCGAAAUUAACGCGCAGGAGCGGACUCUUUUCGACUGACGCGUUCCGCGGUCCGUAUCGAACCAAUAAUACUCGAGAUACUCGUCUCGCGCUCAUUUCGGACGAAGCUCUGCGAUGGGGCUCAAAAGAGGAUGAAUCAAAAGGGGGAUGAAGAUGAGGAGAAUUCGAAUAUACGAUACGUAACUAAGAGUGCGACGUGAUAUUAAAUUAAUGAACGAUCGGAGAUACGCCGCGGGUCGCAUAGCCCAGCUGUGGUUACGAAUAAAUAAAUUAUAACGGUUAUUCCGAGAGAGACGCGACAUAUUUAUCGGAUGCGCGCGAUAUUUAUUCGGGAGCAUCGCGGUAUUCGUUCGUAUUUAGGGGAAUACACUCUCCUCUCUUUUUCCGACGAAGGUACUUUAUCUCUCGCGGGGGGUUUUCAAUUGCUUUCUCCUGAGGUAUCUUCUCUCUUGGAUGCGAGUAAUUGCCUGAGAUUACGAGACCAAGAUCGCUUGUUUCGAUAUUAAGCUUAAGAAAGAAAUAAAAAGACAAAGGGCGUUACUUUUAACGACUUAUUAACGACUUUGAAUUAUACUUUUAAGGCUUCCGUUUCGGAGACGCGAGAUCUUCGAUUAAAAUUAUAUAUAUAUAUAUAUAUAUAAUUUUUACACACUUAUGUGUGCAAAAUUGUAAUUUUUGCACACUUAUGUGUAUAAAAUUGUAAUUUUCGUCCACUUAUGUGUGCCAAAUUGUAACUAUAUAUAUAUAUAUAUAUAUAUGAUUAAGAAUACUUUUCUCGCGCGCGAUAUUAAGCCGCAAGCGCUCCUCCGAUCUUGCGAUAGCUCUUUAUUUGACGAUGUUUGCGCUUAAGUUUAUUUUUAUAAGCGACUUAGGGAACGCCGAUAUCUUGUUUCUUCUCUUUUCUUUCCUUUUUUUCUUCUUCAAAUUGUACUAGGCGAUUGUGCGUACAUUCGAUAAUCUUACACGGUAAAACACAUCCAUAUCUCUAUCGACCUAAGAAUCACAUCUACCUUAAAAAAAAAAAAAAAAAAAAACUUACGAAGGAAUUUCUCAAGAGCGUUAUUUUCUAAGAAAGGAAAACACAACGUCCUGCACAGUGAUCCUAAUUAUCUUUACAGUUAAUUGUACAUUCUCUGAUUGUCGCGGUGAUCUAAACGUGAGUGAAUUUCUACGCGUGAGCUAAUAAUUUAUUUUCACUUACAACAACUCUCACAGCCUGCGAGGCUUCGUCCUCAAUGCAAUAACGUUACCCCGUAUUACAAUUUGUAUUUUUUACUUGAUCAUAACUUCCCCUCUCUCCCCUUCUUAGACGCAAGAUUUAAUCGUAACUCCGCGAGAAUCAAUGAUGAACCAUUUAAUCUCGAGCAAAGUGCGCGAAGAAAAGUAAGAUCGAACGUUCUACAAAAACGACAAGAUCCUCCGUGUUAAAGCUAAAAAAUUUCUCCUGUGUAUAGAAUGUAUUAUAUACAUAUAUACAUAUAUGUAUAUAUUUCCACUAUUAUAUAUACAUAUAUAUAUUAUACUUA